UAGCAAUGUGAUCCACAGAGAUAGCCAGCCACGUGUUCAGCACUAUACAUCCCUGGCCACGUCAGCCGUCUCCAUCGACGACCACGAGAGGAGGCGCCACCACAUAUCAUUGCUCGUACGCAGACGCAGUUCCACUAAUCCUAUCCCGGCGACUUCGCAACUGCACGCCGCUCCCUCCAAUUCCGUUCCCAAUCUCCACAGACCUGUUCAAUUCGACCUCACAAACGGACCGCAUUGCCGAUUUCAUCACUCUAACCUCAUUGUUUUUGCAGAAUUCCAAUCCGCAUAAUUUUCGAGCUAGAGAACAACAAUGGCGAAAUCCAGCGCCGACGAUGAGGAGCUACGCCGGGCGUGCCAGAUGGCUAUGGACAAUCCCAAGCAGAAAAUCGUGUUGUCUAUGAGGGUGGCUAAGAGCCGCGGCAUGUGGGGCAAAUCCGGAAAAUUGGGGCGGGGAGGAAUGGCGAAGCCUCGUGUUCUCGCCAUUUCAAUUAAGGAAAAAGGCAAUAGGGUUAAAGCUUUUCUCAGAGUCUUCAAAUAUUCCUCUGGUGGUGUUCUUGAACCUGCAAAAAUAUACAAGUUGAAGCAUCUUUCAAAAAUGGAAAUUGCAACUAAUGAUCCUAGUGGAUGUACAUUUAUGCUGGGUUUUGAUAACCUUAGAAAUCAUACUGUUGCCCCACCUCAGUGGACAAUGCGCAACGUCGAUGACAGGAAUCGUGUUUUAUUUUUCAUCUUAAACAUCUGCAAGGAUAUGUUGGAUCAAAUUCCUAAAGUUGUUGGAAUUGAUGUGGUGGAGAUGGCUCUUUGGGCUAAGGACAACACACAAGCAAUUAGUAAACAGCAGGCAGAUGUUCCAUUUGGGCCUGAUACAAUUCCAGGGAUGGAGGCUGAAGUGCAAGUGGCAGUUGAAAAGGAUCUUGUGUCACAAGAAGAAGAAGAAGACAUGGAGGCACUUCUAGGCACUUAUGUCAUGGGCAUUGGUGAAGCGGAAGCCUUUUCUGAGCGUUUAAGGCGUGAGCUUCAAGCAUUAGAAGCUGCAAAUGUCCAUUCAAUAUUGGAGAAUGAGCCUUUGAUACAGGAGGUAUUACAGGGAAUUGAGAUGGCUGCUAAUUGUGUUGAAGACAUGGAUGAAUGGUUAAGCAUUUUUAAUGUUAAACUGCGGCACAUGAGAGAAGAUAUAGAGUCGAUUGAAACGGGGAACAAUAAGUUGGAGACAGAGUCUGCAAACAACAAAGCAUUAAUUGAGGAACUUGACAAGCUUCUUGAGAAACUACGAAUACCAUCUGAGUAUAUAGCGUGUUUGAGUGGGGGAUCAUUUGAUGAGGGUAAUAUGCAUGAGAAUAUUGACGCCUGUGAGUGGCUAGCCAGUGCUUUACGAGAACUUAAAGUGCCCAAGUUGGAUCGGAUCUAUGCGAAUAUGAGAUCCGUUACAGAGAAGCAAUCUGAGCUCGAUAGGCUGAAGUCCACUUUUGUUAGAAAAGCAACUGAGUUUCUUGGGAAUUAUUUUGCUAGUUUGGUGGAUUUUAUGUUAAAUGAUAAGAGCUAUUUCUCUCAGCGUGGACAAUUGAAGAGGCCUGAUCACGCAGACCUUCGUUACAAGUGCAGGAUAUAUGCUCGUUUAUUGCAACACUUGAAGAAUCUUGAUAAGAAUUGCUUGACCCCUUUAAGGAAGGCUUACUGCAGUUCUAUGAAUUUGCUUUUACGUCGGGAGGCUCGUGAGUUUGCAAAUGAACUCCGUACUAGUACAAAAACACCUAGAAAUCCAAUCGUAUGGUUUGAUGGUUCUGCUGGAUCUAGUCAGAAAGAAACCAAUAUAGAUACUUCUGCUCUUUCUGAGGCAUAUGGACAAAUGCUAACAGUCUUUAUUCCGCUCCUUGUGGAUGAGAGUUCAUUUUUUGCACACUUCAUGUGCUUUGACGUUCCAUCUCUUGAUCCUUCUGGAGGCCUUCCUAGUGGAAACAAAUCUGAUGAUGAUGACGAUUUAGGCAUCAUGAAAAUUGAUCAAGGUAAAGGAACUGGGGAUCUGGCGGCAUUGAAUGAUUCUCUUCAGGAUUUACUUGAUGGAAUACAAGAAGAUUUCUAUUCUGUGGUUGAUUGGGCCUGCAAGAUUGACCCUCUGCGUUGUAUAUCAAUGCAUGGAAUUACUGAUCGAUAUAUCUCUGGUCAAAAAGCUGAUGCAGCAGGGUUUGUGCGUAUUUUGCUUGAUGACCUGGUUAACAGAGUUUCUUCGCAAUUCGGUCGUUUUGUUGAUGAAGCUUGCCACCAAAUUGUAAGAAAUGAGCGGAACGUUCGGCAGGUGGGGGUCUUGGCUUAUAUCCCGAGAUUUGCUAUUCUUGCAACCCGUAUGGAGCAGUACAUACAAGGGCAGUCGAGGGAAUUGGUUGAUCAGGCUUACACAAAAUUAGUGACUAUAAUGUUCAUGACAUUGGACAAAAUCGCUCAAGGAGACAUGAAAUAUGUCGAUAUUAUGCUAUUUGAAAAUUAUGCAGCAUUUCAGAACAGUCUAUAUGAACUGGCCAAUGUUGUACCUACUCUAGCGAAAUUUUAUCAUCAAGCAAGUGAAGCUUAUGAUCAAGCAUGCACACGAUAUAUAAAUACAGUUAUUUACUUUCAAUUUGAACGGCUAUUCCAGUUUGCUCGCAAGAUAGAGGAUUUGAUGACCACCAUGAAUGCUGAAGAGAUCCCUUUCCAGAUUGGAAUGUCAAAAUCAGAUCUCCGGAAGGUUGUAAAAUCAAGUUUAUCUGGGGUUGACAAAUCUAUUACCUUGAUGUACAAGAAAAUCCAGAGAAAUUUGACCUCCGAGGAACUGCUGCCUUCUCUAUGGGACAAGUGCAAGAAGGAUUUUCUUGAAAAAUAUGACGUGUUUACUCAACUGGUAGCGAAAGUUUAUCCAGCGGAGACCAUCCCGGCUGUAACGGAAAUGAGAGAUAUAUUAGCUAAAAUGUAGAGAGAGAGAGAGAGGACAGUGAAGCAAGCCAUUCAUCAUCCAUUCAUGUUUAGUUUUUGGUCUGUUUUUUUUGAGGUGGUUGGUGCGACUCUAUUACCAUUCUCAAUCCAAUUUAAUUUGUUCUUUUAUCUUUAGGUCAGUGAAGAAGCCAUUUUGAUGGCAUGAAUGAAUUUGCUUAUAUUUUGGAUCAUUGUUAAACUUACUGUUUAAGUUGAAAGCAAAUUUGGGUCUGCUA